CUCUGAAAUUCAGAUUACUGUGAAUCACACCAGAGGGCCACGACUAACACACCGAGCAAAAUUGAAUGUCAAAAUAUACUGUGAUGUCCUCUUUUAUCUAGCAGGAAUUUUUCCUGCUUCUUUCGAUUUGUAUGUCCUUUGCACUGCACACCAUCAGAAGAGGAAAAAUAUAUAUAUGCACAACAAAUACGCGCAGUUUAUACGCCACCCACAUUUUUUUUCUCUUUUCCUUUCCUUCAAUUCUUGCAGAUUUUUCUCGUUUCGCGUGAUUGUGUACUCCCCCGUAUCACAAAUUCUUAUCAAUAAAAUGAAAAAAAUUUAAGUGUAAGAACGAAAAACUGAAACAAUCUUGUAUUUAUAAAUAUAAAAAUUCAUCGUAAACAGUGAAAAAUGACUUAGAACGCAUUUUUUUCGUUGAUUUCAUUUUUCUCACAAUUUUUUUUUUUCUCGUGCUCGGACAAGAAAAAAAAUGGAUGACCAAGUACCAAAAUUUAAGAAAAAAUCAUUUACAACCAUUAGUUCAAAGACGAUUUACCAUCCAAUCGAAUCUUGUGGACAAUCUAUAUAUCCUCUUGAUUUAAAGAAUUUAAAUGAAAACCAAUAAGAAACUUUAAACGAAUAAGUAAUUCUGAGUUAAAAAGAAAAUGUAACAGAUAAACAUCGCGAAACUUAAACAACUCCAAUGCAAUGCACAACAUAAUCACCGAAUCAUAUGAUAAAAGCAGAAAAUAGAAAUAGAAAGUAGCCAAAACAAAACCGAAAGAAGAAAAUUAAAACGAAAACAAAAACAACGCAUAAUUGAACGCAAAUAACCAGAGCCAAAUUCAUCUGAUGAUUUGUGUGAACUAUGUCUUUAUCAUCUGAAAAGAUUUAUAAACGAAAACCAUCGAUUAUAGUGCGCCAGCAAUUAUUACAAGUUUUGUUGAGGAAAUACAUAAAAAAGGUUUAUUUUGGUGUGUUAAUCGACAAGAAAACAAAGCAGCAGCAGCAGCAGCAGCAGCAGCAGCAACCAGCAAACGAAAAAACAACAACAACUACUACUACUACUACCACUACUAAUAUUACUACUGAAGCAACCACAAAUUUCGGUGAUCGUCAAUUAUUACGCCAAGAAUAUUACAAUGAUAUAUAUGAGUGCCUAAUAAACUAUUGCAAAGUAAACAACAUAGCAAGUGCUAGAUUAACGGAAACACUUGAUCGAUUCACCACACUGACCAGUCGACGUGAAUUCAUCGAAUCGAUAAAAAAGAAUCGUUCCAAUAAGACACCAAAAGCAACGGACAAAAAUGACUGUGCCGAAAGCGAUAAAGGUGAAGUUUCAAAAUGCAGUAUGACAGUCACACGAACAAACGAAAAAACUUUUGACGAAAAUGAAGAAAUCGGCUGGGGAAAAAGGGUACAAGUGGAAUUAAAAAGAGAAUUGGGAGCAUCAUUUGGCGUAUGCAUUGUUGGCGGAACGGUCAAUAUAUCCAAUGAUGCGCAGCAAAUUUCAGGAAUUUUCAUUAAAAAUAUUAUCAAAUCAAGUCCGGCCGAAUUAUGUAAGCAGAUAAAAGUUGGUGAUAGAAUUUUAGCUGUAAAUGAUAAUGAUGUGCGUAAAGCAACACAAGAACAAGCAAUAAACUUAAUUAAAAAUGCCGGCUGCACCAUCAAAUUAGAUAUACAAAGCUUUGAUUUAUCGAACAUACCAAAUAAGACGACAAUGAAUAAAUCAGUAGAUGUAAAUAAUGAGAAAGCGCCUUACGAAACAUCAAAACAGAAUAACGAUGUACAAAAGUCAACUACAACGAAAAGUAGUGAAGGCGAGUCAUCGAACGAUGAUGAUUCUGAGGAGGAGGAUUCUUUGGGCAAAGUGGUAACCAAAGCCGGUAGAGAAAUUGAUCGAAAAUCGGCCGGCAACACCAAACGCUCCAAAGAAGAAGCUAAAACUGACGAAGAACCGGAAAAUGAAUUUGGAUAUACAGACAGAAAAAUCAAAAAACGUUACGGUAACUUGGGAAACGUUGUGCGCGUUCAGGUCAAUCGAUCGAACAACAACAUGGGAAUUGCAUUGGCCGGUCAUCGAAACCGGAACGAAAUGGGCUGUUUUAUAGCUGGUUUGAAUCCCAAAGGUGCGGCCAGCGCAAAGAAUCUUCAAGUUGGAGACGAAAUUUUAGAGAUUAACGGACACGUUGUACACAAAAUGUGUCAUUUGAAUGCGUCUGUUUUAAUCAAAGGAAUACCAGGCACUACACUCGAAUUUAUUGUUCUACGCAAAGAAUCCGCUUUGGAUAUUAUAGCUGUGAAAGCAGUUACUAAUUUCCCUGUCGCCUUCGAUCAACUCGAUCAUUUGCACUCGUGUUAUAAGAAUGUGCGCACUGUGAGCAUUCAAAAGAAUGGACCAAGUCUUGGAAUAAUGAUUAUUGAAGGGAAACAUUCGGAAUUGGGUCAAGGUAUUUUUAUUUCGGAUAUUCAGGAUGGUUCAAAUGCCGAUAAAGCUGGAUUAUUGAUUGGAGAAAUGAUUUUAGCCGUUAACAAAGAUCUUUUGGUCGAUUGCAACUAUGACUCGGCGGCAGCUCUAUUGAAACGUGCCGAAGGUAUCGUGACACUCAUCGUGUGCAAUCCGAAUAAAAAAGAUGAUAAUAAAGACGAAAAGAAGGAUGAAGCAACCAAGACGCCAAAAUCAGAGAAAAAAGACGGUACCGAAAAAUCGGGGAAGAUUAAAGAUGACGGUCCACCAGCUGACCCAUCCACAGCAAAAAUUGUAUCGAAUAAGGAAUCCAUCAUCGAAAUAAAUGCCAACAACAAAGGGCUCGGCUUAUUUGUAGCCGGCGGUAAAAUGCUUACACCACCAGUUGAUGGUGCAUAUAUAGUGUAUAUUUAUCCAAACGGUGCUGCCAAUCUUGAUAAAAGACUUCAGAUAUUCGAUAAGGUUACUGAAGUUGAAGGCAAAAAAAUCACAGCUGAUAUGUCGUACGGCGAUCUCAAAAAAGUAUUUAAACGACGGUAUUUGGUGGCGAAAUUGAUGGUUAUUCGCAAUGAUCCACCUCCAGUCAACGAAAUGGAUGUCGAAAUUGCGAAAAAGGCUGGCAAAGAAAUCGGAUUCAAUUUUAUUGAAUGCCAGAACCACGGCAUAUUAGUCACUGAUAUCGUCGCCGGAAGUCCAACUGCUUUUGAUAAUCGAUUAAUGGUGGGUGAUAUGAUAACGAGUAUAAACGGUGAAAAUGUUCGCAACGCCAGUUUCAUUGACUGCAUACUUUUGAUCAAAUCAUCGCAAAGCCGACUCGUGCUCAAAGUAUCACGUCCAGCAAUCAAAAAGUAGUUGCAUUCUAGUUGAUAUGGACACUGUCAUUUAGAUUAGAAUGAUACUAGCUGAUUAGAAGAAAACUUAUAUUUCACAAAAUUUCAGUGAGAAAACAAAAAGAAGAAACAAUUUACGAAUUGAAAAAGAAAAAAAAAAUAGAAGAAAAAGAUACAUUAUAUAUACUCCAUUAAUGACCAUUAUACCUCAUUGAAUUCAUCAUGUACAAAAGAAGAAGAACAGGUCAUGGUAAUUGAAACAAAGAUUUGAAUCCAAAUAUGGCUUUGUUUUUGUGGAUUUGACCAAGUUCCUUCACAUUUUCAUCCAAAGACCGUUUUCCAAAAACAAAACCAAGAAGAAAAAAAAAAACAAUUUUCUAUCGUUCUCAAAAUUUGAAAAUAUAUCUUUUGCCUUUUUUCGUUGCAUUCUUCUUUCGAAAACUUAGAAAGAAAAAAAAAUUGAAAAAAAAAAACAAUUUGAUAAAUUUAUUCGUCUUGAAAAAAAUAAUCAAAGUAGUUCUGUAUGUACCUGUGCAUAAAUGCAUAUAAUUAUAAUUAAUAUCAAAAUUUAUUAUUAGAUAAAAGAAAUGAGUAUUUAUCGAAUUUUCGAUCAAUUAGUCAAAGUUAACGGAGCGUUUCGUGUCAUGAAUGACGUAAACACAAGCCAUACCAUGUGUAGCAUUGAAAUAUGUUGUGUUCAAGACCAAGUCACAGAAGCAGUCGUUGUGAUUGACUACUGGUUUAUGGUUUUAUUUUAUUUUUUCGGAGUUUUCUUUUAUCAGUCGUUCGCUUUGAAAAUGAAAGUCGAAACAUAUAUGCAUACAUUAGAAUGUUUGUCUACUAGACUCGGUGUUUAGUUUAACCCUUUAUCACAUUUCGGUUUCUGAAGUAACCAGAUACGCCAGACGCUAUAGCUAUGAAACCACUAAAUAUUUUUACAUUCUUGUUUGGAAACAAAUGUAGGGAAAUGAACUAGCUUUCAUUUGAUACUUUACAGGCUACAAUCGGCUGGCUGAAUGGAAAGUUUUUUCUGUUCAUGUACUGCUGUAAAAAAAAAUGCGAAAUUAUAGCAGAAUUACACAUUUUUCCUCCUCUUAUCUUGUGGGUUUGUUCAUUCUUUUCAAUUGUCAAAUUAGGACUCGUAGGACCAAAACACAUCAAUUUAACUUUCUGCAUCAUUAGUUUUAUAAAAUUUAAUUUUUUCAAGCUUUUAUAGUGAUUUGACACUUUUGACUCUUUUCCGAUUUUCUCGACAAAUACGCAAUUUUUCAAAAAUCUAAGUAUGAGAUUUUUCUCUAUUUAUCGUGGCACAAAACAUAUAUCAAAAUGAUUCAAAAACAAAAAAUUGUGCAUCAAAGGGUUAAUGAGUGGAGCAGAUUCACCAGUUGAAUACAAUUAUCCCCCUUCGUUGGGCAUUGACCAUGUUCCGUGCCAACGAUGUGUCUUCUUGGCGAAUUCGAAGAAAACUCGUCGAAUAAAAUUUACAAAAAAAAAAAAAA